CACCUGUCGUGUGCCCGUUCGCCUACCGCGUUGCUGGGUGCGGUGAGAGCUGGCCCCUACCCUACGCGCACCGCGGAGCCGGUUGAUCACUUGAUCUGUAGUCCUGUACCAAACCACCACUACCACUGCUCUCCGGCUCCUCCGCCUUCUGCUCUGUUCUGCUCGGCAGCCGAAUCUCCGCCCGCCCGUGGUCAGAAAUUCUUGGUGCCUUGCCCCUUCGCCAGAGGAUGCCAUUCAUUAAGGUGCACAAACGUGGGGUUAUAAGCCGCUCCAUUGACAUCGGUAGGUUCUCUGGAUACGGAGAAUUGAAUCAAGCUUUGGCCCACAUGUUUGGUAUCGAAGGGCAACUCGAAGAACGACAGACUAAAGGUUGGACGUGUCUCUACCAGGAUGAUGAGGGUGACUUCCUACUUCUCGGUGAUGGCCCAUGGGAGGAGUUUGUGAUCAGCAUCAAGUCCAUUCUGAUCAUGUCACCUCAAGAGGUUGACCAGAAGUGUCUGCAGAAGCUGGGUGGUGGUUUAGCAUCAAGGCUGUAGCCUACAAAAUCAAUGCAGUGAAGAAUAUAGUGUAUAUGUGUGAGCUUAUUGUUGUGAGGGCUAAAAUUCUCCUAAGACUAGCUUGAUCACGCGUGCUGCGACAUUUGCCGUGAGGGUUAUAAUUCUCCUAAAACUAGCUUGACCAUGGGUGCUGCGACACGCCAUUUAAAUGCUACGUACAUUGGCUCUGGGCUCUACUCUUUUUCUAUAUGUAUUUUCUCCCAACAAUAAUGUGUUAAACUCUCUGAGAAGAAAGAUAAGAUGAUAUUAUCUUCUAA